AUGGUGGCAGACGCGCUAAUCCAACACCCUGUGGUCACCCACUAUCUGCGAUACGUCGCAACGACAGUCGGUCGCGACAAGAUCCUGAGAACGAUCCAGUACUUUGCUCGUUUCUACGCAUGGUACCUGUACAGAACCAACAACCCCACAAGCGCCAUUCAACCAUGGGCAACGCUUAAGAACCAGUUCGGCCUGACGAGGAAGAUCCUCAGAAUAGGGAAAUUUGUUGAGCAUAUAAGAGGAGCGUCAGAACUGUAUGAUGUAGCCAUGAAGAAUGGCAGUGGGGACAAGAUCGUACAGUAUCUGCAAACCCUGCGACAGCUGGGUUAUGCCGGAUACAUGCUUUUCGACACAUUGACAGUGCUCGAUGCUAUGGGAGUCAAGAAAUACGAAGGCGCCAAGCGAUUGCAGGCGACUGCCUACAGAUUCUGGUUUACUGGUUUGACAGCCAGUGCUCUAGCAGGCAUCUACAGUUUGUACCAGCUCAACCAGAGGACGAAGCAGAUUGACGAGAAGGACCCCGACGGCAAGAUGGAGAAAGUGAAGGUUGCUAAGCAACGCAAAGUCGCAAACAUUCAGCUUACUUCAGAUUUGUGUGACUUGACUGUGCCAUCAACCGCUUUGGGGUAUGCCAAUUUUGACGAUGGUAUCAUUGGCCUGGCAGGGACGUUGAGUAGUCUGCUGGGUAUUCAAGGAGUUUGGGCAAAGACCGCUUAG